ACAAAGUCCCCAUUAAUUUGACAGGCACAAGGACCCAGCGUCCUCUGGUCAAGCUGCUUCUUCCACUCAGUAUAAAAGUAACAGGAAGCUCGAUUGUGUGCAACAAGUUAAAAUGGGCCAACACUGGUGGGCCAUUUGGGCCCUGGCUGCUGUGCUUUGUGCGUUUAUGAACUUGAACACAGUUUUUGGUGUCAGCGUUCCUGGUCCUCCUCCACCACCACCACCACCUCUUCAUCCUCCUCCUCAUCCUCAUCCUCCUCGUCCAGAACCACCCAAGCCAGGCAACUGCCCACGCAAAGCAAAGUACGGUAAAUGGUGCACAUGUGACUCAGACUGUCACGGCAAGGAGAAAUGCUGCAUAAUCAACUGUCAACCCAUGUGUGUCGCCCCUUACAAAUCCAAGCCUGGAGACUGUCCGCAUGUCUGGGUCAACUCAUGGCCAUGGUGGCCGUGCCCAGAAGAGUGCUUGGAUGACAGCGAAUGCAACUACGACCUCAAAUGCUGUCCCAAUUACUGUGGCCAACAUGAAUGCAUGCCACCAAUCGGUUUGAUAUCAUAAAUGAUCAUCCCUGCAAAAUUUGUGCAUCUUGUAUAUUUUCUCUGUAAUCUUGAACAUUUUGUGCAGCUGUUUUUGUUGUGACCUAAUAACAUGGCCUUAAAGUACUCAAAAAGCAGUCAUGCUUUAUUGAAGUUUAUGGUCCCUUUUGAAAAACCCCUCAAAAGCCAUCUUUUGCAGACUUUGGGCUCUUUUGACUUUGUCUUUGAAGCUCUUUGUACUUUCAGGUAUACCGCCUACAAGCUGUCCUCCUUACGACUGGGAUACGGUGUGUGCUAAUGGCUGCUCGUAUGACUUCGAAUGUGGCCCUUUCCAAAAAUGCUGCUCCAGUGGAUUCUGCUACAAAUGCAUGUACCCAGUGUAGCAAAGGUACGCCAGUGGAGGUCAGGAUUUCAUAGCUUACUUGAUUAAGCGUGACUGUAAAUACAAUAUUUUCUGGCGUAUAAAGUGAAGGGGGUGUUUCCCACUAGUUUAGGUCCAGCGACUUAACGUAUAUUUCAGUGCAACUUAUAUAUCGGGGGGGUGGUGGUUCACAUUUAUUUUUAAUAAUGACAGUUAUAAUGACUGUUAAUAUCAGACUUUUCUAGGAAUCAAAACACUAAACAAAAUAAACUCACAAAAGAAUAACUACCAAUAAUAAUAAUAAUAAACCACAAUGCACAAAAACCCAAAUGAAACAACUGAUAAUACAGAAGAAGGGUGCAACUUAUACUCAGGUAGAUUAAUAUAUGGUAUUUUCUGGAGUAUAAGUCACACAAGAGGAAAACACCCAUGAAACAAAUCACACUUCAUUCAGGUGUGUUCACUUAGUUCACCCAGGUGUUAACUAACUGAGCAGACCUGAAUUGCCUCAUUUAUGCAGUUAGAGCAGAGAGAACUCGAGAAUAUGCAGUAAUUUUGUCACAAGGACCUGAUUUAUAAGACAUGGGCCACCUGUAGAUAACUUUGCACCAGAUGGAAAAUAAAUACCACAAUCCCUCACUUCUGUACCUGUAGUAUUAAUGUAACAUUUUUUUCUGUUACCCUGAACACUAAGACAUCAUAAAUGUUUUUUGUCUCACCAGGUCUGUGUCCACGAGCCUGGAUAACCCUAAUUUGUACCAGUUACUCCUCCUAUGAGGGUCAGUCUGGAUUGGACAUGAUGCAGUAAUAAAAUGACAUGGACCCACCUGAUUGGACAAGAAGUGAAAACAUUGACUCAUUUGGUUCUCAUAGUCUGUGUGAACUUUGAUUUGGUUUCUUUCAUGUAAUAGAAUGAGAAAAUGUUUAAUUUUUUUUUCUUAACUUUUAAAGCACUCAGAUGUGCAGAGUCACACAAGAUAUGACAUGACUGUUUAACAUUUUUAUUUUCAUUCUAAAAUAAAUAACUUUUUUUAUUUUAAGUACAGUCAAUAUGCAAAGCGGACAUACCCUUGGGCUUUUAAACAUUUCAUAAC